UGCGACAAACCUUAAAUGGCAACGGACUACUCGGAUACUUCGCCUGUGGUGCUUACCACGCAUGGUGAGGUGCGUGGCGCGUUACUCACCAGUCUCUUUGAUGAGCUCUACUAUAGCUUCGAUGGCAUUCCCUACGCCCAGCCGCCAUUGGGUGAGCUGCGCUUUAGAGCUCCGCAGAAUGCGGAGUCUUGGCUGGGCGUACGCGACUGUACCGAGCCGAGGGACAAGUGCCUGCAAGUGGCCAGCUUAACAAAGCAGGUUGAGGGUAGCGAGGACUGCCUGUAUCUAAAUAUAGCCGUGAAAAGCCUAACCAGCAAAAAGCCGUUGCCAGUGAUGGUUUAUGUGCAUGGCGGUGCCUUUAAGAGUGGGGAUCCGACAAGGCGCUUCUUUUCACCUGAUUAUUUCAUGCGCGAGCAGGUGAUCUACAUCAGCAUUGGCUAUCGAUUGGGUCCAUUUGGUUUCAUGAGCUUUUCGGAUCCGUCGCUGGGCAUACCCGGCAACGCGGGCAUAAAGGAUAUUGUGCUGGCCCUUAAGUGGAUAAGGGCCAAUGUGCGCAGCUUCAAUGGCGAUGCGAAUAACAUUACGCUAUUCGGCCACAGUUCGGGCAGCUGUCUGGUGCACCUGCUGAUGGUGAGCCCGCUGGCGGAAGGACUCUUCGACAAGGCGAUACUUUUGGCUGGUUUCCAUCCGGAUACAUGCAAUCGGCCCAACGUGGAGUACGAGCUGGCCAAGCAUUUGGGCUAUGAGGGCGCCAACAACGAUGUCCAAGUAUGGCACUAUCUAAAUGCUGCAGAUCCCAAACUUUUGGCCAAGACGGACUUUCGACAGCUAUAUGAACGCCUGCAAAGCUCUGGGUUACCUCUUUUUAUGCCCCGAGUGGAGCCCUAUGCCACACAGGGUGCUGUGCUGUUGGAUGAGCCGCGGAUAUUGCAGCGCAGCGCAUGGAGCAAUCGCCUGCCGAUCAUCAUUGGCAGCACCAGCAACGAGGAUUUGUUUAGUAGUACAUGCGAUAUGACAAAGGAUGCAGCAGUGCUGAAAGCUUGCCAGGAGCGUCCGGAGUUCAUGCUGCCGUAUUCCAUACUCCGGCGCUGCGAGCCCAGCGCGUGUCGCCACCUGGGACAGACGCUGGUGAAGAAGUUUUGUGGCGUGCACAGUUCGGAUCUGAACGUAUCGCAUGCCUCAGGCAUAUCUGAGAUCUUCGCGCUCAACCUGUUGCACUAUCAGCAGCGUCUGAUUAGCGCCCGGCUGGCCUAUAGCCAGGCCGAGAAUUACCUGUAUCGCUUCGACUUUGAUUCACCUGAUUUCAAUCUAUAUCGCAUACGCUAUUGGGGACCCGAAAGGCGUGGCCUUCAUCAUGCCGAUGAGUUGUGCUAUAUAUUUAAGUUGCCCGGCACCUUCAAGCUGGACAAAUCAAGAGCGGAAUACAUAACCCUGUGUCGCAUGAUUGCCAUGUUUACAGAAUUCGCCCGCAGAUCCAAUCCGAAUGCGCCACUCAUCCAGUCAUUGGUCGACUGGCAGCCGGUCUCACAGAAUGAACCCACAAUGUGUCUGAAUAUCAAUGAGGAACUCAAGUUCAUUGCACAGCCGGAGCGUUUGAAGUUAAUGUUUUACGAACAAUUGUACAGAAAUGCUACUUUGCGACGUUCUUUUGAUUUACUCGAUGUUCAGUUGACAAGCGGCACGCGAGCAGAGCGGACGACCGAGCGAUUGUUUAGCAUCAUGUCAGAGAGCCUGGAGACUUGUGAGAUUGAACUGCCCGUGGGCCAGAUAAGGGGCGUUAAACGUCGCACUCUCUACGAUGACGAUUACUUCAGCUUCGAGUGUUUGCCUUUUGCCCAACCGCCGCUGGGCGAGCUGCGCUUCAAGGCGCCAUUGCCGGCAAAACCCUGGUCCGGUGUACUGGAUUGCACCCACUUUGCCGAGAAGCCUGUGCAGAAGGCCAUGUUAACUGGUGUCAUCGAGGGCAGCGAGGAUUGUCUCUACCUGAAUGUGUACGCCAAGCAGCUUAAGACGGCAAAACCCCUGCCUGUUAUGGUUUAUAUAUACGGUGGUGCAUUUUCCAUAGGCGAGGCCACCCGGGAGCUGUAUGCGCCGGAUUAUUUUAUGGCUAAAGAUGUCGUUCUAGUAACGCUCAACUAUCGCGUUGAUUGUCUGGGUUUUCUCAGUCUGAAAGACCCCAGCUUAGAGGUGCCUGGUAAUGCUGGACUCAAGGAUCAGGUUCUAGCUCUCAAAUGGGUCAAGCAAUAUAUUUCCCAUUUCAAUGGCGAUGUAAACAACAUAACGGUAUUUGGCGAGAGCGCCGGCGGCUGCUCCACCCACUAUAUGAUGUGCACAGAGCAGACGCGUGGACUCUUCCACAAGGCCAUACCCAUGUCGGGCACCCUGCACAAUUACUGGUCAAAUACGCCUCCCGCAGAUUUCGCCUAUCGGCUAGCUAAGGCGCAUGGCUAUGAGGGCGAAAACAUUGAUCGCCUGGUGUUGGAACAUUUGCGGGGCGUGGCGCCACAUCAGCUGGUUAAUCACAGCCUGCUCACCGCCGAGGAUCGACGCAAUGGCCUCAUCUAUGCUUUUGGGCCCACCGUGGAGCCGUACAUCAUGCCGGACUGCGUGGCGCCCAAGCGGCAGCUGGAAAUGGCACGCGAGGCGUGGAGCAAUGAGCUGCCCGUCAUGAUGGGCGGUGUCUCCUUCGAGGGCCUGUUCAUGUAUCCAGCUCUGAAAGCCAAUCUCAAGGGCUUGGAUACCUUGCCGCAGGAUCCGUUGCGUAUAAUUCCUUACGAAGUGCUUUUGCUCAAUACGAAACAGCAGAAUUUGGAGUUCAGCAACAAGCUGAUAAAAUUGUACUUUGGUGAUGCUAGACCCAGUUCAGAGCACAUCAUGAAUUUUUUGGACUACUAUUCCUAUAAGAUCUUUUGGCAUGGCUUCCAUCGCACUUUGCAAGCCCGUCUGGCCUAUGCCAAGGCGCCCACCUAUUACUAUCGCUUCGACUUUGAUUCGCCAGAUUUCAAUUUCUAUCGCAAGAAGUUUUGUGGCGAUGACAUUAAGAAGGGCGUUGCCCAUGCGGAUGAGCUGAGCUAUUUGUUCCGCAACUCGCAGUCCUGGAAACUGGACAAAGCAUCGGGAGAAUAUCGCACCAUACAGCGCCUGGUGGAAAUUUGGACAUCCUUUGCGGCCACCUCCAAUCCCAAUUGCGCCGAAACCGCGCAUCUGAACUGGCAGCCCGCGCAGCAGGAGCUGCCACAGCGUGUGCUCAACAUUGACAAUGAGGUGAAGAUCAUCGAUCAGCCCGAGCACGAGAAGCUGCUCGUCUGGGAUAGCCUAUAUAAAAAGGAGCAAUUAUUUUAGGUUUGCUCCAACUCUUGCCCUGAGAGUGUUGUAGCCACAUGUAAAUAAAUCGUAU